CACUACUACAGACUUACUGCCACGUUUGAGAGUUAUUUUCUCCAUAUUAAACAGUUUUGGCGUUAUUUGGGGCACAGGGCGCACGGAGCUCUGUGCUCAAGUUCCCCCUUUAAUCGGAAUUAGUCUGUUCCAGAGGUUAAAUUACGCAGACGGGACGGCUCGCGCGAGGAGCAGCCUAUCCCAAGUCGCGCCGACCAAUAAGAUCAGCCCAUAGCUCAGCGCGUAACCGGAGCCAUUGACGUGGAGGAUGCGUCAAAUUAAUUCGAGCAAACUUCUGCCUACUGGAUCAGACAAAUUUCGCCUUUAAAGAACGAAGAACCGCUUUAAAACUUCGUUCGAAGAAAUUCUAAAGUCUUGCUUCUUGGAGAAAAGAGAAGCGAUCUCCGGAUAUUUGCAGUCUGAUUUGGAGCUCUCUAACACUGCAUGCAGCAGAGACGGUGCGUUCGGCCAUUGAGGGGAAACGGUGUCAAGGAAAGCAUCCCAUCACCACAGGCAAAUGGAGCAAACCUAUGGAGAGGUGAACCAGUUAGGAGGGGUUUUUGUUAACGGCCGACCUCUUCCCAACGCCAUCCGACUAAGAAUCGUGGAGUUAGCCCAGCUCGGGAUCCGUCCAUGCGACAUCAGCCGUCAACUCCGCGUUUCUCAUGGCUGUGUGAGUAAGAUCUUGGCGAGAUACAACGAAACCGGCUCCAUUUUGCCCGGUGCGAUCGGAGGGAGCAAGCCGCGGGUUACGACACCAAACGUGGUCAAGAGCAUACGGGAAUACAAGCAAGGAGACCCGGGGAUUUUUGCCUGGGAGAUACGGGACCGACUUCUAGCAGAUGGAGUAUGUGACAAAUACAACGUGCCCUCUGUCAGCUCCAUCAGCCGGAUUUUACGGAACAAGAUUGGUAACCUCUCCCAGCCCAACCAGUACGAAAGUGGCAAACAAGCUGCGUCACAGCCGAGUCUCUCUUACAAUCAUUUAUAUCCGUACACAUACCCCAAUGCGAUGUCCCCUACUGGGACCAAAAUGAGUAAUUCUGCCGGUGUCCCGGUCACAGGAGGACAUGUUAGCAUACCGCGAGGCUGGCCUUCAGCUCACACCGUCAGCAACAUUUUGGGCAUACGAGCUUUCAUGGACCCCACAGCCAUUCCUGGUACUGAAGGCUACACCCCGAAAAUGGAGGAUUGGGGUAGUGUGAACCGAGCAGCUUUUCCUUCCACACAUGGAGUCAAUGGAAUAGAUAAAUCUUCCAUUGAGACGGACAUAAAAUACCCUCAGCCUUCAUCGACUCUGUCUAGUUACGUUGCGCCGUGUGCCUAUUCUCCCUCGAAUCAGUAUGGUGUGUAUAGUGGUGCAGCAGGCAGCUAUGUGAGCCCCGGGCACCACUGGCAGGCUCAGGGAUCGAGUGCUAUGACCAUCCAUUCAGGGGAAAUCCACUCUGCCAUGUCCUUCAAACACACAGCCCGAGACGGAGACAGAAAACCCCCGAGUCCCCUAAGUAAGCAGCAGCACGAGGUGCUGAGCAGCAUACACGGACUCAGCCUUCCUACGUCAUCAUCAUAGCCCUGGAUAUUUUGUGUGGAGCUUGCAGCCUAACUUUUGGCAAUAUACAUUUGCCCAUUUCACGAACAGUAAGUUCAAACGCUACUUUCCCCCACGAUCGGAAAAGCAAUUUGCCAUGCAUUCUUAUUUUCGGAAACAACAUGAAUGUAAUGUUUUACUUUUAUUGCAACUGCGCUUUGUGCUGCGUUGAAUGUUAGUUGGUUGUUUUGUCUUUUGUCCCUCAAAAUUUGUGUAUGUUUGCGCUAUUUAUAUAAACAAAAACGACUACAUUGCAAAAUGCAAAACGAAUUCUUGCCUUUGUCCAGAACAUCUUGACAGCUGUGUAACGUUAUUUGUUACAUGUCGUCUUUCACUUGGGAAAUAAAUUGCAGUACCUUAAUCAUAGUUAAAUAUGUGAACUGAGUAAUUGUUGGUGUAAAUAUUAUAAAUUCUUUAGUUAUAUAUUUUUAUAAAUUCUUGUGUAAAUAAGCUGAAUAAAGGCAUUGUACAAGUA